AUGUACUUCAAACCCUCGUCCGCUGAGGCUCAUCAUGGAGAUUUCCGCGACGCACUGAGAGACGAUGGUUUCGUCGUUGUCAAGAAUGCUAUUCCGCGGGCCAAGGCGAUCGAGUACCAGAACAGGGCAUACGACUGGGUUCGAACCUUCAAUACACCUCUCGAUUUCGAAAACCCUGAUACAUGGAUGAAAGACAAUAUACCUCUGACAAACCGUGCCAAUGCGUUUGCCGCGUACUGCGCCUCGCAUGAGAGCUUCAUGUGGGAAGCGAGGAUGGAGCCAGGCGUCCUGGAAGCAUUUGGCAAGCUCUGGGGCACGGAUGAGCUCCUCACUAGUUUUGACGGUCUCAACAUUACUUUUCCCAACCGAAAGGAUGUUCCUGCGAGGGAGCCCUGGGAGCAUGUAGACCAGAGCCCUUCAAAGCGUGGUGCGCAUUGCAUCCAGGGAAUCAUACACCUCUCGCCCUCGGGCCCGGAGGAUGGAGGAUUGGUGGUAAUUCCCAAAUCGCACAAAUACCACGACGAGUUCUUCGACACUCAUCUCAGGGAACCUCUCAAUGGAAGAGAUGUUUACCUCUUUCCAAAGGAAGAACUUUCCUGGUUCGAGAAGAAGGGCCUGCGCCCGCACAAGGUGUGCUGCGAGCCCGGCGACCUGAUCAUGUGGGACUCGCGAGUUAUCCACUAUGGUUCAGACCCAACAGAGAGAAGCACACAGAUUAGGACGGCGAUUUAUGCUACAUACAUGCCAGCACGCUUGGCGACGCAAGAGCAGUUGGAGCUGAAGAGAAAUGUCUUUCAGCAUUUUGGAUCUGCAACCCAUUGGCCGUUUGAGCAUAUGAAGCCGGGCCCUACCCAUGCCAUACUACCAGAUGGUAGCAGAGACCCGCGGGAUCGCGAUGAACCAAUCGAUCCGCCUGUUCUCAGUGACAAGUUGUUGAGGCUUGCCGGCUUGAAGGCAUAUUAG